CCAGCUAUACACAGAAUCCAUCUGGGCUCCAUCUGCUCAGCAUGGGCCAAGCUUCUAAUAUUUAAAGGGAAGGAGGAGGAGGGGAAAACAAGAAAGGGGAUUUUUUUUAAUAUAUAUAAAGAGUCUGCUGCUUGGUUCCCAAUGGCUCACAGAUGUGAGAGUUUGAACACAUGCUCAACAUAUGUAGGGGAGGAAGGAGAGGAGCUGGGAACAAGACUGCAUUGAGGAAUGAAACCAGGAGAUGAGAAGCGGGAUACCUCUUCCUAGACCUCCAGAAAUUCAGCGGAAUAUCUUGACAUUUUAAGAUCUGUCUUUUGGGGACCCAACUGGGAAAAGUCAACGGAGAGAAGAAGCGUCCCAUGAUGCCAGGAUCUCCCGUGGAUGUGAAGGCCCAAUCCAGGGCCACCCCACCAACCAUGCCUCCACCACCCUCAGGGAACCAAGGGGCACCACGUACAACCUCCUUCACCCCAACAUCACUGCCCAAUGGCGUCGAGCACUCCCCGCCUGCCCUGAAUGGGGUGCCAUCCCCGCCCCAGCGGUUCACCAACGGCCCGUCGUCCUCGCUCGCCAGCCAGCAGCUCCCCGCCACCUGCGGUGCCCGCCAGCUCAGCAAACUGAAGCGCUUCCUGACCACACUGCAGCAGUUCGGCAACGACAUCUCGCCGGAGAUUGGGGAGCGCGUGCGCAGCUUGGUGCUGGCGCUGGUGAAUUCAACUGUGACCAUUGAAGAAUUUCACUCCAAGCUGCAAGAGGCAACAAACUUCCCAUUGCGACCCUUUGUCAUUCCAUUUCUAAAGGCCAACCUGCCCCUGCUCCAACGGGAACUGCUGCACUGUGCUCGCUCUGCCAAGCAGACGCCAGCUCAGUACCUGGCACAGCACGAGCACCUGCUGCUGAAUGCCAACGCCACAUCCCCGGUCAACUCAACGGAUCUCCUGGAGGUGAACGAGAAUGGGAAGAGGAGCAGCCCAGAGAGGAAUAAAGAAAAUGGCUUUGACCGCGACCCUCCGGCCAAGCGAGUAUGUACGAUCAGCCCCGCCCAGCGCCACAGCCCAAGCGUCAGCUUACCACCCCCACCCAACGGCCAACUGCACCCAACUCCUCCCCCUCUGCAGCACUACAGCCUGGAUGACGUGGCCAUGAGCCACCUGUACAGAGACCCACAGAGACUUCCUGAGUACAGGGACCGGCACAGACAUCAUGCAGGAUCCCGUGGGGUGUAUCAGGAGGAAAUGAUCGAUCAUCGACUGACUGAUCGGGAGUGGGCUGAAGAAUGGAAGCAUUUGGAUCAUCUCCUGAACUGCAUCAUGGACAUGGUGGAGAAGACCCGGCGCUCGCUGGCCGUCCUCUGUCGCUGCCAGGAGGCAGACCGAGAAGAGCUAAACUACUGGAUGAGGCGUUAUAAUGACACCGAGGAUGUGCGAAAGGGCAGCAGCACUCACCUCCGACAGCUUAGCCCCGGCAAUGUGGACGCCAUUCAGUCUGAGCUUCUUCGGGAGAUCACUCACCGGCCAUCAGCUGGGUACGUCCCCGAUGACAUCUGGAAAAAGGCAGAGGAAGCAGUCAACGAGGUGAAGCGGCAGGCGGUGUCGCAGCUGCAGAAGGCAGUGACCGAAGCCGAGCAGAAAGCCUACGAGAUGAUAACGGCAGAGCGGGCCAAGAUGGAGCAGAAGAUAGCGGAUGCCAAACGGCAAGCGGCCGAAGACGCUUUCACGGUUAUCAACGAGCAGGAAGACACCAGCGAGAGCUGCUGGAACUGUGGACGCAAGGCCAGCGAGACCUGCAGCGGGUGCAACGCAGCCCGUUACUGCGGCUCCUUCUGCCAGCACAAAGACUGGGAGAAGCAUCAUCGCAUCUGCGGGCAGAACCUUCAGGCCCAGGCCAAGGCCCUGCCUUCCGGAGGCUCGGUCCCAAAGGCCCCCAAGGGUGAGAAGAGUCCCACCCUGGAGAAGACCCCGCCGUCCACCGUCACCUCCAGGUCAGCCACCCCGGCUACUCCGGACGCCGGCGUCCAGUAACGUGACCUCCGACCUGCACCAACAAGGAAGGAAACCCCACGCCCUUCCCCCAGCCUGACCGCGGUUUUGUAUCCGGUGUAGACCUCGGCUUUUACAGAAACUUUUUUUCAAAGAAAUAUAAAUUGGCAACUGAUGGAGGAGGAGAAAGAAAAUAACAGCUUAAUAUUAGCAAGAGUACACACAUCUUUGGAAAUGUCCGGAGCAGCCAAACGGCAGAAACUUGCAGCCAGGCUCUCUCACACAAAGCCAGAAGUCGACUGUGGAAUGCAUCAUCCAGCAACAGUGCUCGGGCCUUGAAGACUUUGCGGCAGAAAUAUCUGAGACUGGAUGCUGUACACAUCGACAUUAACCUCCUCGCUUUCCUCCCUCGUGUGAUUCUGCCCCUACACUGCCAUUCCACAGCAACCCCCUCCACACCCUGCCCUAUUGUCCAAGAAGGUGAACAGUUGCCACGGCAAUCGAAAGGGGGCCUGGGACUCCAACUUCUGUGUACUCGACGCACUCUUUACCUCUUGACGAAAGUGGAACUCUUUCAAGAGAUUGUAAUUUACACAAAAAAAGUCAAAAGUAAUGUGGCUAUUUUUAUCUCACUGCUCUUGAGGAGGAUGAAGGAACUUUUGUAAUCAGCCUCCAUAGCCCUUUGGGUGGGAAUCCGCCAUGUGAAAGUUGUGCACCCACAGAGGGGGACCAUACAUUGAUUCCUCUGCCCUGCCGCUGUUCAGUCCCUUGCACAAGGGUGUUCAGCAGAGCUAAGCGUUUGCUGAUGGCUCCUCCAGCAGGACAAGUGGUGGGAAGGAUGGGCUUGUUUAUCUUCGCCUGGGGACCUGCUCCUUGCCCGCCACUUUGAAACGACUGACCUCUUGAGAAAUAUCUCUUCACCUCCCAUUUUAACCUCCUCAAAGCAAGCGAACAGUCCGUGUUGUGCGCUAACAGUAAAAAAACUCAAGGCACAUAAAUGUAAUUCUUAAAAAAAAACUGCAGUUGUGGUGAUGUGAGGGACUGUGUGUGUAGCCUCCUUGCCGUCAGGAGUUCAGGUAUCUGGUGACAUGGUGCCUGCUUAUUUCCUGCCUGGUCAGAGCUAGACAGCUGCCUGAGAUACUUAAAUGCCAUCGGCCAAAGACUCUCUCCUUUGGUAAGCUUUCUUUGACUGAAAAUAGCAGCCACCCUUCUGAUACGAGAGACAGCGGAGGAGAGGGGGGUAAAGAAAGAAGCGAAAGGCAAGAUAUUGGAAACAGUUGAUGACUCUUCCAUUAUUCGAGCUUGCCAAAGCAUCCCCCACCCUUCAACCCCAUUGUGCAGCCUCCUACCACCACCAUCCCCCCAAUGGAAAAGGAGACUGGUUGGAGACUGCCAAGAGCUGGCCAGAAAUGAAGGUUAAAUUUGUGGAGAUUUGUAUAGCAAGCGGGUAAAUCCCACAACACUGACCCAGUGCUGCCCCAUUAUCCCACCUUCCUGCUUAAAGGGAGUGGGGUGUUGUUGGUAGAUCAAUGGACAGACAGUUUCCAGCCUGAUGUGAUUCCCUAAAUUCAAAAGUUAAUCCUCAUUCUGGGAGUUAAAAAAUCUUGUCCAAGCUUUGUAAACCAGGCUUCCAUCCUCUUGCUAUUGGCUGUGCAUCAUUCACAGAGGCAAUUGAGGCAUCCUGGGGAACACCACCUGGUCUCCAUUGGUGACGAUGCAUGAAUCCCACUGCAGAAGGUUGCACUAUAUUCUAUUAUUUCAAUGCCAUGAAUAAUUAACUUAACCCACUUGUGGAACCGAACUCUCUAUAAAUUACUUCUCCAUAGUGUUUUGAUAGAUGUUAGCCAAUUGGUCCAGCAGCAACCAAUCACAUCACAAACUCAAGGGCCAAUGGUAACCUUAGCAUUCAUCAUUUGAGGUACCUGACACCCACAUCAGCCAAAACAUCUAAAAGGAGAGAAUUGAAGCCGGUAUCCUAGCCUCUACCGUGCUUUACACUGCCAGUUACUAACCAGUGCUCACCUUGGACACACUGGGACCCUUGCCACAAGUAACUCCAUGGGAGGUCAACCAGUAGUUAAAUAAAACUAUCACGUAAACAAGACAAUAUUUUAUUUGUAACUUUCAGAGACAGACAGGCUUCCUUUGGUCGGAACUUGCCAAGCUGUUGAAUAUUGGUAAAUUUUAUCUUUUUAAUCUACUCCUAUCAAGGAAAGGAUCUUCCCUGGAAUUACCUAUCACACACAGACCAUGGUAGCAAAGAGACAACCAGCUGAUGGUACUCACAAUGGGCAAAUUGGAACAGUCACAAGAAUGACACUUCAUUAAGGGGUUCAGGUAACCCUAAGCACAUUUUUUUUGCCAAAUAAAUUUACGUCUGAUCAUUGCCCAAUUACAUAGGACACUAACCCAAUUUUGAGGAUUCAAGCUGUCUACUGAAUAGCUGCAACCUGUGAAACAGCUCAGGCAACACGCAUCAAGGUGGGACUGAGAAACUCUCCCACUGUCAUCUGUGUCUGAGGUGUGGCCUUCAAUAACACUGUGUUUUGGAAACAGUGCCAGGCAGCAGAAUUGAAAUGGCUAAUUGGAAAGUUUAAGUGAAUGUGAUUGAUUUGCCCACCAUAUACGUGAGAGGUGCCCUGUAAUUAGUCCUCUGGGUAGGCAAGAUAUUUGGCUAGUGCUAGUAGUGCCACAGGUCCUCACUGGUGAUGUUUGACUGUUGACUGGUGCAGAGUUCAUUAUUAUGAAUAAAUUAUGUCUUUCUGGUAACAUGGGUGGGUUCUAAGGGUAAUGAGCUCUGGUUGGAGGUAUUCCUGAAGAUUUCACAUGGUCUUUCUAUGUAAUGAACUGUAGUUGACCUUGUUGGCUGCUUAGAGAGUUCGCUGGUAUUCCACAACAGUGUUUGAGUAUGUAAUGGGUCCCUCUUGUGACCUCCAGAUACUGGCAGGUGGAACCUUGCACUUCUGCAGGCUGGCAAUGUACAUCCCAGGUCCCAGGCUGCUCUACCCAUGAGCUGGUUUGACAAUGGCCCAGGGAGAGUUCUGCAUUUAUUAUGUACCCCUCAACUAAGUGUGGCUUCUCUCCUGUACUGUAUCCCUGGAGUUUGUUACAGAAUCUCCUCCCUUCUCUCCACUGUCCACCCAUUGGUUGGCCAAAGUUGCACUGCAUAGGCUUGCCACACCAAUUGGAAAGCCAAAAUACUCCUCAUUAUCCCAUUGGAAGUCUCUUGACCCAGUUCUCCUAUUUCUUACAUUUUUCUAGCUUAAGAAAGAGAAAUUAAAACAUAAGCAUAACUUUUUUUUUAAUGCCUCGUGAGUCAUCUCCAAAGAGCUGAGUGCAAUAGUGUCGUUGAGGUUCAGUCCUUGAAGGUUCUGAGCCAGUCAUCAAGUGUUGGGAACACAAACUCAACUCAUGGAAUUAAAACUGUCAGCAAAUUCUCCCCCAGAAAUUGGCAAGUGAACAGAGCAAGGAAUCAAAGUGGUAACUCAUUGAUUUAUAUGAGCUUUGUGGUGUUCUUGCCUUUUAUAAAAACCUCUGGGGGGGGGAGGGGGGUUCUUUGUUGUACAGUAAACACGUGAUGUAGUCAGCUCUGAGCUCAGUGGAGCAAGAUUUCAGAAGCAGAGUUCAACACUCACACACCUUGGGUGCACCAUGUAGGACAAAGGACAGACUUCUACCCCACUGACUCCCCCAGCAGUUGCAUCUCCUCCUUGAAGGUGUCACUGGCAAUGCCAGCAUUUAUUGCCCAUCCCUAACUGCCCUUACACCGAGCAAUUGGCUGGGCCAUUUUGCAGGGUAGUUAAGAAUCAACCAGGUUCCUGUGGGUCAGGAGCCAGAGCAGGUAAAGACAGCAGAUUACCUCCCACAAAGGGCAUUCGUGAACCAGCUGGUUCCACCUGUUUAUUCCAGAUUACUUUUUAUUCAGAGACACAAGAGACUGCAGACGCUGGAAUCUGGAGCAACAAACAAUCUGCUGGAGGAACUCAGUGGAUCGAGCAGCAUCUGUGGGGGGUGGGGGGGGGGGGAAGGAAUUGUCCGUGUUGGGUUGAAACCCUGCAUCAGUCCUGAUGUGUUUCAUCCUGAAGCUUUGACAAUUCCUUUUCCCCUCACAGAUGCUACUCAACCCGCUGAGUUCCUCCACCAGAUUGUUACCUUUUAUUCAGUUGCUUAAAUUUAAAUUCACCAGCUGCCAUGGUGGGAUUCGAACUCAUGUUUCCUGAUAAUAGUCCAAGCCUCUGACUCCAAGAUCUCAUGUCCAAGUCUUUGGAUACUAAUCUAGUCUGUAGAGUCCUAUCCAAUGCCUGGGUUAAACUGGAGUUUAUACAUCGGUGCAUCCAAUUAUGAUAAACAUCCUUUACUGGAUUACAGAGCACUUAGUCAUCACUGAAUCAUCUUCCCCCAUCUCCUCCUCUUUUGCUUUUGGCUACUGUACACCCAAGCACAUUUCAUCCUCUAAGACUGAAGUGAAAUCUUCUUUCCUCUGUUUACAGAAAGCAGGAAAUGUAAGAUCGGUACAGAUCAGGAACCUUUACUCAAUGUACCCUCUUGGUUUACAUCUGCCUCUAAUUCCUCUUGAGCCCUCCUCCAGAAAUCCCAAUAAAACCAGGUGCCUCUAGGUAUCCCAGGCUGUGAUCAGAUUGGAAGCAUACUGUUAGCACUGCACCUCACAUACGCAUCUUAUGUGUGUGUGUCCACCAAAAUGAAAACUGAACCAAAUUAUCACUCUACAACCAAACUACCGAAGCCAAACUCUCUCUCUCUUCAACUUAGCAAAGUCGAAGAGGGCCUAGCUUGCUGGGCCAACAACCAAAACCUCAAAGUUCAGGAUUCAACAAAGAUAAAGAAAACCGAAUAAACUAAUCCCUCUGUUCGGCUAUGUGUCUCCGUAAGUGAAUGAGAAGUCCAGUUUAAUUGUUUCACUUGUGAAUGGUCAGUGUAAGAUGUUGUAGUAUUGAAGUCAAUGAAAGCAGCCUCUAUGGCUUGUGACUUCUUUCUCUUCAGUGAACUUGUCGUGUUGUGAUUACUGAUUUUUUUGUCUGUUUUUUUUAUUUAAGAAGAAUUUGUGUAAGCAACCGAUAAAAUGGCAAUUUGUCUCUGCCACCUUUUUAUUUUAAAUGUUCUGUGUCAUUGGUGUGUGCUACAUUCUGAUUUAAUCACCACUUCAGGAUUUUAAUCAGAUUAAACUGAUUCCAGUCUUCCUGCACCUUCUGGGUCUAUGGGCUGGACUCGUUGUGAAAGUAUGGGCACAGAAUCCGACACGUUUCUGCCCUCCCACAAAUAAAUUCUCUGUGCUGUUAAACCAUUUAAAGUGGUAUUAUCUGGGAAUUCACUGGAUGUGACCCAGAAUCUCUGGGAACUUUGUCAACAAUACGAGACCUCUGAGAACUUGAGAAUGAACUCCUGGUCAUUGGUGGCUUGACCCCCAGGAGCCACAUUAUUUGGUGGCUUUUGGUGUUGAGUUGCAUCCAAUGACUUAUGACUUGAAAUAUCUUGAGGUUUGGAAUAAGUUUGAAUCUUUCCUCCAACAUUCAUUGUUUCCUCUUAUACCCUCAUCCCCAGAAAUGUAAAAUUAAAACAAUCUCUUUAAGGACUUUGUGUGGUCCAGACUGGAUAAAGUGAAAAGGACAAGAAAGGAAGAGCUACUUCCAUUCAGGGAGAAGAGUGAUGGAAUUAUCUCCUACUCAAUUCCUGGACUCUAUUGGGCUUUACCAGAUUCCAUUAAAAGGGUCACAUCCACUGAUGACCUCCUCUGGAUAGAGACAAAAAAUAUUGGGAAUACUCAGCAAGUCAAGCAGCAACUGGAAAGGGAGACAGUCAGCAUUUCAGGCCGAUGACUUGGUACCUCAGGACUGCUGCAAAUCAUAGGCAUAUAACCCAAUCAGAUUGCUGGUGAUAGCAAGGGAACUCUUCCGAAGUGGUGAUGAGGUCAUUGGAGCUCCUCGCUUCGAAUUUCUCUUCCACAUUAACCUCUUCUCCCUCUUCCCCUCCCCUCAAGCUCCCCUCCCUUUGCCCACUGACGAGACCAAGUGCGCUACACGGGUGCAUCUGGUGCCACCCAUGCAAAAGGAACUUACCAACUUCCGUUAAUGGAAUUUAAUGGGCAGAAGGAAACGGUAAUGGAAGGGACAGGUCAACUGUUCCCCAUGACUGGGGCAGUGGCCCCUCCCUCCUCUCCACAAUGGGCUUCAGCACUAAUCAAUGACGAGAAAGUGAAAAGGUAGAAUUAUUGGGGAUAAUUUAGACUGUGGGCAAAACGUGAUAUUGGAUCAGCCACCCACUUUCCUGACUUUUUAUUCGAGAGAUAUGGCAAUACAGCUGACCCAAUAUUCCAUCUUUUAUUAUUACAUCCAGUAAGUAAAUAAGAGGAAUUGUCUUUGUUCAGAGAGUUGUUAGAAUGCAGAAUUCCCUCCCACACAAGGAACUGAGAUAUAAAGCUUAGAUACUUUCAGAACAAAACUGGGUGAGCACAAGAGAGAGAAAGGGUGUGGAAAAUGAUAUUGCGGAGGAGAUGAGACAGCUGGCAUGGGAGAAAAAUCAUAGAUACCAGCAGAUUAGUUUGGCCGAAUGCUGUAUAUUCUACAAAACUUUGCGUCAUUGCUCCUGUUAACGUCAUAGCUUCUGCUCCCAUCUGCCCCCCCAAGAGUUGACCGUGCUGGCUUUCAACACGUGGGUUUGGGUGUAUAAAAGAUACAUUUAGCAGUGCUGGCUAAGCUUACUUGUCGAAAGCAAAUCAUAUCAACCUGUGCACUUGUAACACCAGCCAUUCUUUCGAUUAUGACACUUUGCCCAUACUCUUGUGCGUUAUUAACCUACCCUGUCAGAAGUUACAGGGACUUCUAAUCUGACCACCGCUAUCAUAUCCCAAGGGAAAUCCAUAUAAAGAGACUCAUUUUGUUUCUGUUAUUUCCUCACAGAUGUGUAUAUAUUUUUGCUGGUAUAAAGUGACAAAUUAAUCAGCCAGUAGUUUGGUGACUUUGUCCCAAAUUGUGCAAUAUGUAAAUUCAGGUUGUUGAAAAUUAACUUCUGGUUUCUCAGGACUUUGCAUCCCCUCCCAUUACUGGACCAAUAUCAAUUCAAUCCACACUUACACGGGCAAUAAAGAAGUUCAAUACCAAACCAAAAAUGGCCUCUUUACCUUAGACACAUGAUCGCCAUGUUACAUUUUCAAUGAACAAUCAGUUGGAGAUCUCUAAGCAUUUGCUCACCUGCAUAUUCCCUUCCUGAUGUUGGUUCCAUUGACUUCAAUAUUGGAAAGAGGUGUGAAGUGGGCAACCAGUACUUGAACCACGUGUGAUCAAGGAUGCACGCCUACUCCCUGAGCUCUGCCAUUUCACUUGAACCUUCACCUGUAUCUAGGUAACUUGGAUUUAUCCACCUUACCAACCAAAGUAGUGACCGACCAGUGGAAAUGGUGUAAAAGGCAUGUCUAAGGAACCCAAUACACUAAGGAAUGUUAUCUGUAAUCGUCACAUUCUUGGCUGGCACUGGGGUCAUGGAGUUGUUGGGACCUUCCCAUGCAUUUACAGCAUAAAUUUUACCAGAUCUUUUGUAAAGAAUUACCCAACAUAAGGAGAAGAACCAGCAUCAAAUUUUGAUGAUUGCUAGCAAAUUGUUAUCCAAGCAUUUGUGGAGGUGGAGAUCUCAACUUUGUAAAACCAUGGUGUAAGAUGGGUGAAAGACUGUCUUACAUCUCUCUGGGGGCAGUCAUCAGAGAUAAAAAUACAGAGAAUAUGUUGGCUCCCUAUUCCUCAUUCUAGAUUAUGUCACAAAACCCAAUCUUCUAUCUUUAGGAUUAUAGUGUGUUAUUGCCAUUGUCAUAACCCCUACUGCACAUAUGCAUACACAAUUACACCUCAAGUUUUCCUUCCCUUGAGGUCUCCUGACCCACAAUGUCUCUCUCGUCUUCCUUCAAGGUCUCCCUGUGCCAUACCCUAGGACACACGUUAAACUUCUGGCCAACCAUUGGAUUCUUCCAAUCCUGCUUACCUCAGACUUACUCUUGUUCACUGGCCCUCUCUUUUGGAUAAGCAUAUGAGCAGAUGUGCAUAAACCCUGGUGCUAGCAUUCAACUUGUUGGUCUUCAGUGUCCUUGUGACAACUCUGUUAUCAUUUCAGCAGGUCAGGCAGCAUCUGGGGCGAGAGAAACAGUGUUAACAUCUCAGGCCGAAGAUCCUUCAUCUGAAUUUUUGAUGAAUGAUCUUCGACCUGAAACAUUAACCAUUUCUCUACAGAUGCUGCCUGACCUGCUGAGUGUUUUAA